AUGGAACUAAUAAGUAGUGUCUUUCCGUGCUGAUCACCUUAACAUUCUUGUAACACAAUACCGGUACUGUCUACCUUGUUGCUUGAUUUACGGCGAUGCAAGUAUCCCAGAUAUCCUUGCAAGGCCCCGCGGAACCCAACUUAUGAACAUCACCAGCACUUGGGCCGCCUAGGUGUAGUCGGCAAGGUUAAACAAUGGGAAUCGUUGAUUUGCAUCGCCGUGGCCUCGGUUUCGGCGUUUAUAUCCUACUCAGCCUCCUUACAGCUGUUGUUUUUGUCAUCGACCCCUUAGUCAAUAAACCGUCGGGCUUGAUAAAACUCAGCUGGUUUACACGGCAGCCGCUUAGCCAUGGCCUCAAAACCUGCUCCUGGGACUACGAGGGCUCCUGGGGAAUAGGCCUAGCUCAUGGACGCCCCGAUCCCUUGCACCUGAACUUUUCAUCCAAGGCCGUAAUCACAUGCGCAACCCUCGCCAACGCAACGGCUGUCAGCUUCGUCGCAGACCCCUUCCUCUUCAUUCCCGACGACAGCUCCACGCCCUCAGCAUUCCUUAAGAGCAGCGCUUCCCGCAAGCUCUCGGCAGCAGGAGCAGCAGCCCCGGCUUCCUCCGUACCUUGGUUCGCAUUCUACGAAAUGAAGAACCUUCAUCGCUACCUAGGCGAGCUGGGAGUCGCAGUGUCUUAUGAUCGGGGUGCUACUUGGCGCCAUUUGGGCACUGCGGUUUCGGAGCCCUUCCACCUCUCCUAUCCGCUCGUCCUGUACGACACGGAUUCAUCACAGUACCUCAUGUUUGCCGAAACCGUUGGCGCGCGGGACGGCUUGAUUCGCGUGUACGGCACUUCAAAGGAGGACUUUCCCUUCGGUUGGCAUGUCGUUGCCCGCAAACGACCAACCGAUCCCGGCUGGCCUGCCACGCGCCGCUGGUAUCAGGUCGGAGCACCUGCCAAGUACGUUGAUACUGCACCUGUUCGGUUUGAAGACCGUUGGUGGAUCUUCACGACCCGAGUCGGAACCCCAGCCGCUGGCCAACCCAAGUAUACGUUGCUGCUGUACACCGCCGAAACGCUGUUAGGCGAGUGGACCCCACAUCCCGCUAACCUAGCUGGAUCUCCGUACGCCCCCGCAGCUGGCGGUCGUAUACCGUACGGCAUCGACGCCGAUCGUCGUACGGCAAGGAACGGCGGCCGGCCGUUCGCCAAAGACGGUGUGCUGUACCGUUGGGCCCAGGAUUGCAGCCGUUAUUACGGAGAGGCGUUGGUGCUGAUGCGCGCUGACGUGAUAAACGAAACGUCGUACGGUGAAAGUGUUGCCGUACGGUACGAGCCGACACGUGACGGCGAGUCCUGGAGAGCUGAACGGCUACAUCAUGCGGACAUGCAGCAGCUGGAGGAUGGGUCGUGGGUUGGCUUGGUGGACGGAGAUAGAUACGCAAGUGGCAACGCAUAUUUCAAUGAAAAAGAGCUCUGGUUCGUCCAACUGAAAUCCCAACUACCUCGGUUGGUUAUGCUACAGCUCGUCAUUGUGGUCACAGCAGUAGCGCUCCUCCGGUUUUUCUCCUCGUACUCGCCCUCCGCAUCAUCAGCAUGGGGGUUGCCGUACUCUUCAUUGUUACCCACGAACAGCUGCGCGAAGGGCAGCAGCUGUAGCAGCAGGAAAGGAGGCGUUUUGGCUUCGUUAGCGGCGGUUGUGUCGUUGGUUGCAACGGCCGUGGCGGUUGCGGUUGGAGUGAUGGUGCUGGCGCCUGGGCUGGUCCCUUGUCCUAGGUAGGUGGCUGGUUUUGGUGGUUGGAGGGGCGUUAUGUGUAGGUUAGGUUUAGGCAUUUAGCGGCUAUGGUAGUCGGUAUGUAAGAGUUAGAAGGGUUGCAGUGUUUAUAGGCGGGUAUGUCGUGAUCGCUUUAGCGUUGCAUGGAAGGUUUCUCCUUCUGACAAGAAGCGUGCCUGCCUAUCAUUGCUCACAUUAUAUAACAAUCUGCAUGACAAGAGAUCUGCGUCUUGUCUUGGCGUUUGUGCGGUUCAGUAACAUACCUGCCAGGAUAUGCAUGUCCAGUGUCCACACACGUUGAUCAGUACUUGAGAUGUAAAAAGCUCGAAGAA